UCCCUUCCUUUCCUUGGCACCGCAUAAAUACAGCAGCACAGCCCCAAACGCAGGGCCAUUCUCUCCUUCCUCCUCUCUCGCGCGCCCCUGUUCCCGUCCCGUUCUCCGGCUCCGGCGCCGCCGAACCCCACCGCGGAUCGAGCGAUUCCUCCGAUCAGGAGAGGCUAAGCGGGGAGGAAGAGACCACGCGGGAGGAGAGGAGAGAUGGGGCUCACGUUCACCAAGCUGUUCAGCCGCCUGUUUGCCAAGAAGGAGAUGCGGAUCCUGAUGGUGGGUCUCGACGCCGCCGGAAAGACCACCAUCCUCUACAAGCUCAAGCUCGGCGAGAUCGUCACCACCAUCCCCACCAUCGGAUUCAAUGUUGAAACAGUGGAGUACAAGAACAUCAGCUUCACUGUCUGGGAUGUCGGGGGUCAGGACAAGAUCAGGCCUCUCUGGAGGCAUUACUUCCAGAACACGCAGGGUCUCAUCUUUGUUGUGGACAGCAACGAUAGGGACCGUGUUGUUGAAGCCAGGGAUGAGCUUCACAGGAUGCUGAAUGAGGAUGAGUUACGUGAUGCUGUGUUGCUGGUUUUUGCUAACAAGCAAGAUCUUCCGAACGCUAUGAAUGCUGCUGAGAUUACUGAUAAGCUUGGACUGCACUCCCUCCGCCAGCGACACUGGUACAUCCAGAGCACUUGUGCUACAACUGGUGAGGGAUUGUAUGAAGGCUUGGACUGGCUGUCCAGCAACAUUGCUAGCAAGUCCUAAGUUCUCGACAAGAUUUUGGGUGAACUAGGAGCUUUUGGAUGGAUCAUUCACUGGGUACCUAGGGAGGGCUUGGGAUGGGUUGCUGCUAUUACCGUAUCAUGUGUAAUUUCCUGAGCUCGACCGUUUUUGAGCUCUGGCUAUGAUUUCACAGUUAUAUUGUUCUACUGUAUGUUGGGCUCUGAGAUGUUUCUGAAGUAUAAACAGCUAAAGAGAGUUCUGUUCAAUUUUAUCAGUCUUUGUAAUAAUCAUCGUGCCUUGAAGCUAACAUAUCUGUUCGGCAUCGUCUUA